CACCACACUGUUGAUGGCCAAGUUCAAUAGAUUUAGUUUCAGUUGGCCAUCAACAUUGCUGAAGUGAAAUUCUCCAAAGCCACCAUAACAAACACCACCAUCCAGCAACCAUAUGAGUUUAGUUUUCCAAUUUGAACAAAAACCAAAUAUCUGCAAUUGAUUGAUAUUGGACAAGUUGUGGCGCUCACCAGUGCUGCCAUUGCCACCACCAUCACCACCAAUCUCCAUGAGGAUAAAAGAUUAAACCAAAAAUAAAAAUAAUUCGAUAUGCCACCAAUGAUGGCAUCUGUUGCAAUUUGUCUGUAAAGUUUUUGGAUUUUGUGUUAUUUUUUUUUUUCAUAAAUUUUCCAUAUAUAGAUGGAAUUUAAAUUGAAAUCAUUAGGAUUUUCAAUUCUCAUAACCACAUUCAUCUGUUUGUCCAUCUUGGUUGGUCAUAUCUCCGCUGAAGCUUUACGUUUGCCCGACCAACAGGGACCCGUUCAACAGGUGCAGCAGCCACAGCUUCAACUUCAACCUCAGCAGCAACAACAACAACAACCCAUUAAUCUCAACAAUGUUCAAACGAUAUUCCCCAAUCAACAACAGCAGCCUCAACAACUGCAACAACCAGGUGUUGGUGGUGAGGAACGUGGUCGUUCCUCCAUUCUAGAUAUCUUCGGUUUGGGCUCUGACAAUGAUCCCUAUUUGGCUCGCACUAGCUCAAAUUGUUUGAGUGGUGAUCUCUCAGAAUGUUUCAAAAAUCAAGCAUUGUCUACAUUUGAUGAGAUUUUCUAUCGCCAAAGUUAUCCCUUAACUGAAUUUGCCCGUGUUGUUCGCAUGCCCGAAAAUCAACAACGUUCGCUGUUGCAAGAACCUUUUGAAUAUUCCGAAGAACCCCGUAAUGAGGAUAACGAUUGGGAUCAAAUGGCUAAAUAUGCCUUGAGACGAGCUGAAAGAUUUAUCAAAUCCACCGCUUUGGAAGUAGAAGUUCCUGAAGAAUUUACUGAAGCUGGACGUUAUCAGGCUCGUUUCAUUGGCAAUGAUAUUGACAGUGAAUUGGAUAUCAUUGAAGACAAACAUGCCUCAGGCCUAAAACGCAAGAAGUUGAAGAAAUUGAUCAUUCCCCUGUUGUUGGUAUUGAAAAUCUUCAAAUUGAAACUGUUGCUGUUCUUGCCCUUCAUCUUGGGUCUUGUUGGUCUGAAGAAGAUUCUUAGCUUGGCUGCCAUCAUUUUGCCUGGAGUUUUUGCCUACUUCAAAUUGUGUCGUCCACCAGGUGCUGGUUUCAGCUCAGGCGGUGGCAUUUUGUCGGGUCUUUUUGGUGCCAAGGAAUCCUUUACACAAUACUCACCUCAAGGUGUGGGUUCAGCUACCUAUUAUCAUCAUCAUGAUCACUAUGAACAUGGAGGCUAUAGGCCAGAACCUCAGUUCUCUAAACCUUAUGGUGAUUACUAUAACAAGAACUAUGAUCAGGGAACGGCCACCAGUGGAAACUCGGUUAGCUUUGGUGGUUCUCAUGAAGCUGCUUACUCUGGUUAUUAUGGCAGAAAUACAGGCAAAGAUAUUGAAAGUACUCAAAAGAGUUAGAAAGAAGGGAGAACCAUCUCUCUUUUAUAGCUUUGCUGUAAUGCCAUGAAUUUCUAAUAUUUAUAGGCUUGUUUUCAUUUCAUUGUUAUUUUGUUUUAUGUGUUGUGAAAUUUUUACUUCUA